AUGGAUUCAAACACUACACACAGUCCUGUGCUCCUGGUGUUUCCUCCAGAAAUUGCUGUUCCCAAACUGCAGCAAACGGGCCCAGUACUCACACCCUAUGUGCCUAGAAAUCUCUUGUCAAAAAUACUUGCUUCGAAACUGAAAAUCUUUGGGGCUAUCCAGAUCCUGUUUGGACUGAUGAACUUUUCUUUUGGAAUCAUCAUGCUUUUCACCUACGUAGAACCAUACCCACGGUUUCCCUUCAUAUUUAUUUCAGGAUAUCCAUUCUGGGGCUCUAUUUUGUUCAUUAAUUCUGGAGCCUUCCUAAUUGCAAUGAAAAGAAAAAACACAAAAACUCUGAUGAAACUGAGCCGAGUGAUGAAUUCUCUUAGUGCACUGGGAGCAAUAGCUGGAAUCGUUCUCCUCUCAUUUGGUUUCAUACUAGAUCAACACUACCUUUGUGGCUUUGCUAACCAAGAUAGUCAGUGCCAUGCUAUUACCACCUUAUUAGUUGUAAGUAUGUUGCAUCCCUACUGUUAG